AUGACCGAUCGAAAGAGGGCCAUGCCAUUUACUACAAGCGGUAGUGCUGAGAAAAAGAGGCCUUUUUCUAGUCCGGAGAAAGGCAAGGGAAUAAUGAUAGGAGGACAGAAGCCGUCCUUUUAUUCACCAUGCCCUAAGUGUGGUAAGCUUCAUUCUGGAGAAUGUUACAGGGGAUAUGGAGUCUGUUACCGAUGUGGAAAACCAGGACAUAUGAUUAGAGAUUGUCCUAACACCAAGCAAGGUAGUGGAACUGGUGAUCGCAAGCCAAGGCCCCACAUCCCGGCACGCGUGUAUGCAGUAACACCAGGAAGUGUUAAUUUGUUAAGGUUCUUGGCUUGUGCACUAUUCGAUUCGGGUGCGUCGCAGUCCUUUGUGUCUGCAGCGUUUGCACGAAUUUGUAGUUUGCAGACUGAACUCUUACCACGACGGGUUGUAGUAUUAAUUCCCGAUGGGAAUACAGUAUCUUGUACCCGUUUAGUUAAGGAUUGUCCGUUAGAGCUAGAAGGAAGGACACUAAAGGCUAACUUGUUAGUAUUCGGGCAGAUGGAAUUCGACCUGAUUUUGGGGAUGGACUGGCUUUUCAAGCACUAUGCUAAGAUAGACUGUCGGAAACGAGAGGUUGUGUUUGAACCUCCCACUGAAGACAGGAUGAGUUACGCUGGAACAUUAGUUAAGGCCACCCCAACUUUGAUCUCGGCGUUGCAAAGGAGACAACCAAAACUAUAG